UCGAGCCAUGAGCUGGACCUGUCCGCGCUGCCAGCUGCCCGUCUACUUCGCUGAGAAGGUGAGUUCCCUGGGCAAGAACUGGCAUCGCUUCUGCCUGAAAUGUGAGCAUUGCCACAGUGUGUUGUCGGCUGGGGGCCAUGCCGAGCACGAUGGGAAGCCGUACUGUGACAAGCCCUGCUACGCUGCUCUGUUUGGGCCUCGAGGGGUGAACUGUGGCGGCGUUGGCUCUUGCCUCUCUGAUGCCCCCACCCCCAACCCCAUCAGCACAACCCCCCCGAGUUCUGGCAGUUUCAGUCCCCCUGGCGGCAGGCCCUGGUCCACUCUGGACAAGAUGGCACCAAGAAGCCUGGCCUGCGUGAAGACGUUUGCCGGGGAGACCUCAAUGUGCCCAGGCUGCGGGAAGCCUGUCUUCUUUGCUGAAAAGGUGAUGUCCCUAGGCCGAAACUGGCAUCGGCCAUGUCUGCGCUGCCAGCGCUGUCGCAAGACGUUGACGGUCGGAGGCCAUGCGGAGCAUGACGGAAUGCCCUACUGCCACAUCCCCUGCUACGGUUACCUGUUCGGGCCCAAAGGUGUAAACAUCGGCGAGGUGGGAUGCUACAUCUAUGAUAUGGCAGAGGUGAAGACGGAGUGAAAGCUGAGGGAGCCCCCACCACCACCUCCCCCCACCCGUCAGAACUGCUCCAGAACCUCAGCCAGCCCCGGGCUUCGAGCAACACAACGCCUCUCCUCCCCAAACGAGUCCCAGGGUCCCAGUUGCCCACACUGCCCACCAGCAGCAAUGGCUUGGAGCGCCAAGCCCCCAGCUGCGCUCACUGCAUCCAGCCCAAAUUGAGGGUGGAAGGGUCUGGGGAGCGGGUGGAAUUCUGGGGUCCCAACCUCCCCGGCCCUUUGGCCCCACCCUCCCUCCCAGGCACCCAUCUCCGUCAAGUUCGACUGACUCGGUAAUGGGUUUGGGUUGAGUCAGAAGUCACGUGGGAUGUCGUCCCUCCCGCUCUAUUUGGCUGGUCCCGCUACUGUAGAUUGCUUGCUGUCUCCGAUCUGCCCCCCGCCCCCCCAAAUAUUGCAUUCUGACCACCUGCUCUCAUACAGUACUGCGGAGAGAGGAAGGGAGUGUUAGUCCUGGAGGCAGGUAAACCAAGGACUCAAGCUGGCAUUAUCACUGGUCCCUCAGCUGCUCCCCAAGUAGGCACUGGGACUCUGCUCCUCCUCCUGGCACUGCUCCACCCAGUGCCCUGACCCGUGCUUCUGCUUCUCUGGUCCAAAUAAACGGUCCUCCAGCUCCA